UCUAAUUAGAUGAACUUUUGUGGCCGGCCAUGCACAUGAUUUUGUGAAUAGAUAUGAUAGACUAGCUAUAUCUAGUUAACUCAUUCUGCUCUCCCUCGAGCUCCGUUUCAAGCUACCUGUAUACUAGGCUGUAGCCAGAUAAAACAAAGUGAUGAAAGCUGUGUGUGUACCAUUUGUACUACUAUUGAUGUUCCAUCUCAGUCAAGAUUUUUCAGCCCAGUUUACAGUACAACCAGUUUCGGUGGUGCAGGCCGAAGGCGUGGACGCAGUGUUUGAGUGUCUGUAUCUUGGUGCUGUAAGCCACAGUUGGGGAAUCAAUGGAACCUUUCCAGCAGAUAAUGAGUUCCAACCUGAUUUUACUCGUACCCAACCGUCUGGUGAUACCCCAGCAACACUGACCAUCCCAGCUACAGCACAUUACAACAACACUGUGGUGCAGUGUAGAGCUGUUGUUGAAGUGGAAGGAGGGUUCGUUGGUAGACUGACCGAGAAUACCACCUUGACAAUAUUUGCCAUUACUGUUAAUGCAAGUAAUGAUACGGAUGUGAUCAUUUUGUCAUGGGCGGACUUCAACUUUACCACUAACCUCAUGUACUGUGUGAACUUCAACAAAAUAACAAUUGUCUGCAAUAAGACACUUCCUCCAGUGUGUGGACUUACUGAGACGCAGUACACUUUCAAGUAUCCCAACCACAGUGGGUAUGACACUUUUUUUUUCACGGUGACUCCUGUUGAUGGAGGGAAUCAGAUGAAAGGAACAGCUAGUGAACCAGUUGCUGGAUCAUUUACAUCAGCCAGAGGUACUGGUGUAAGAACAGUUGUCAGCCAAGGAGAAGAUUUAAAUGAAAAACUUGUGAUGUUUGAAGCAAUGGUCCCUGGAUGUACACGGUUUGUUUUGUAUCGAGUGGAAUUUGGAUCAUCACUAGUAGGAUCUCAGAAUGGUACUCUUAACGCAUCUGGAAAUGUUUCAAUCACCUUCUCACUUCCUACUGACAUUCUAACAAACAUCUCUGUGACAAUCACUGCUGCUAAUGGAAUUGACCUGAUGUUUGAGAACAGUUUAUUAAGUACUAGUGAUAUUCAAAGACUUCUACCUGAGACUGAUUGUUCCGAAAGCAUCAGUAUGUGUGGCCGUAUUGAAUAUGCUGUGGAUUCUUUUUCUCCUGGGGCUCUAAUGUAUUUAGUUCCUACCACAAGUGAGUCCAGCAGCAUUAUGUUGGCUGUGAGGAGGGGUGAUAAUUUCAGUAUCGGCCACAUACCUCCUGGAAUAUACAGUCUCCUUGCUUUUGACUUGGAGAACAACAGUCUACCAAGAAUGCCAUUCUCUCUAGCGUCUACAAGUGAGACUGUGGAAGUGAGGACGUCAAGAGGAACUGCUGCUCCCGUGUCCGAUAGUGUAAGGAACAUUACCGUUAAGUUACUCAGUGGAGAUGUUGAAGUGAACUGCUCUAUACCUGUAACGAACUGCUUAGUGUUGGUUCAUUCAAUCAACUCUCCAGAACAAUUAUUUGUCCAGCUCAUCAACUUUACUGAUGACAGAACUAUUGUCUUCUCGGUUGAUUUUAUUGGUAAUGUCACAGUAGCAGUGCUCAUUUGGGUGGAAAAUAACUCUAUAUUUGAGGGUCAGUUGUCCCUCAUCACCCAACUGGAAAUAUAUACCGCCAUACAAGUGGUGAUCAGCCCCAGUGGUGGUCCAAUGGCUGGUCAGAGUUUCUCCCUCACUUGUUCCCUGAGUGGAGGGGUCUCUCUACAACCCACCCUCUCCUACCAGUGGACGAGGGAGGGAGGGUCACUCAUGACCAGCACAGCAACCCUCAACUUUGACACUCUCUACUUGUCAGACGCUGGUCAGUACAGCUGUCAGGUCAUCCUCACCUCCAGUCAGCUUGAGGGGGAACACACUGUAGCUGCUCACUACACCAUUGAGUUCAUGACACUCAACAUUCAACUCCGUCUGGAUGUAAUAACAAACUGUGAGGUGUAUAUUGAGUCAGAGACAAUGGCCAAAGCCAGUGGCAUCACUAACAGACUAUCUCAAGGUGUUGAAGGAUUGUGUGCUUGUGGGUUCAGCCCCUCCCUUCUCACUGACGAGUUCAUCAAUUGUUUUGACGGCUCCUCUAGUCAUGUGACCUACAGAGCUGUGCUGACUGGAACAGAAACUGUGUCUGCUGUGGAACUCAUUUCUUUAAUUGAACAAUGGAUCAGCGACACUUCAAGCAUCAUAGUACAAAGUACCCGACUUGGUUUGACAAACACUUGCCCUGUGGUGAUUACUGACAGAGACAGUCUAGAGUGCCCUGAGGAUAUCACUAAUCUGACAACUGCUACUACCUCACCCACAGAGAGUGUAGUGGUCAAUGUUGGUGCAGUGGCUGGUUGGGUGGUUGCUGGAGUCUUGGCCAUUGCUGUGCUAGUACUGAUCAUAUUGCUUGUCCUGGUUAUGUUGAGGCAACGGAGGUCUGGAUCCAAGGACAUGAGUGAUGAGAAGACAGGCAGCCAACCAACACAACUAGCCCCAGUGGUGAUGAGUCAUCUCCCCUCCCCUGAUUACGAGGGGUUGAGCGAACUACAAGAGGAGGCUACCUAUGAGGUGGUGGACCAGCCACGCCCCCCUCCUCCUGCAGACUACCAGCUCUCAGCCUGUGCAGCUUAUGCAUCCACUGACUGCAACACAGAGACCAAGUAGACACUAUAACAACACAGUCUAGUUUGUCAAUGUAUGUGUCACUGUUUCAUGUAAUUUAGCAAGUUGUUUUUGUGUUUCAGGUUAUGGUAUUGUCUACUGAAGGCAAAGAUCAUCAAUAAAAUGUUAUUAUG